AUGUCUGAAACUGGAUACAAAAAGGUCCUCCGCCUCGCAGGCUCCUACUACAAACUCCCCGAGGUCUCCGAGGAGGACUUCCACUCCUUCAUGUCCAACGACCACGCAGUCAAAGCGGCCAAAGUCCACGAGAAAUACGGGACCCUCCACUACCAAUUGCACCGUGCAAAGGCAAUCGGAAACAGCCACACUCGCGAGCUGGCCCACGGCCUGAAACUCCCCUGGAAGAUCGACGACCACGACGUGACCAUCGAGUUCUACUUCACCGAUGUAUCUACCCUGCUCGCCGUGUCCGCGGACGAGGAAUUCAAGGCUCUGCACGUCGACUCCGAGAACUUCGUUCGUCUUGAUGCGACUACUGUGGCUGUGACUUGGGUGGAGGUGUUCCUCAAGGAUGGGAAGCUGGUUCAUAUUAGCCCGGACGGAAAGUCUCAGCAUCCACCGUUUGCGGAGCGGAUUGAUUUCGUGUUGCCUGAGAAGCCAGCGGCGAAGUAUUAUUAG